GAACACAACUUUACAUCGCACUUUUCAAACUCAAUAUCAUGUCAAGUCUUGGCAUUUAGUCCAUUUUUGUGUUUCAUGUAAUAAGUGUAACAUUGCUAAUAUUUAUUGUUAGAAACAUGUUUGUGUUUUUCAAUUAUUGCACAGAUGGCAUUUGCUGUUCGCUUGUUGUUCUUCCUUUGUGUGAUCAAUGGACUGUUGAGUGGAGGCCAUUCGUUCUUUUUCAAUUAUUGGAAAGGUUGAAAAAAUUGUCAUUAAUAACUGUCCUAGAGGGUGGACGCAGUUCAAUUGUGAGUGCUACAUUUUCCAAGCGGAAGAGAGGGAGUUUCUUGAUGCAGAGAGUGUCUGUGGAGUUCUCGGUGGGAAUCUAGUCUCAAUCGAAAGUGCCCUGGAAAACAUAUUUGUUCAAGGACUUAUACCAGAGGGGGUUACUACAGCCUGGAUUGGAUACAAUGACGAAGAUGGGGAUGGUGGCUAUUUAUGGACUGAUACAACACCUCCUGAUGGUUUUUUAAACUUUAAUCCACAACCACCACCACCACUUCCUACUGGUGAAUGUACCACAAUUAAUGAGAAUGAUGGUGUUUGGAUGACUACAUCGUGCACAGUGACGGAACCAUAUGUUUGCAAGAGACCAGUUGUCCAUUAACCCUAAUCACUUCUUCUCAUCCUAUUUUCUGUCACAAUUAAGUUUCCUUGCCUCAACGAGAUUAAACUCUUUUGGCGUCUUUGUGUUUCAAGGUUGACUAACAAAUGUGAUAUUUUUUCUUCUAUUUCAUCAAUGCUCAAUCAUUAUCAACAACAAAUUAAAAUCUCAAACUGCUUGUCUCUAAUAAAUCAAAGAAUCCUUGAGAAUCAAAAUGCAACAGAAGUGACAGCUUGGGAAAUGUUUUGGUUUUUGAAUUGUAAUGUAUUUUAAAACCCACUAUUAAUUUCAAUAAAGUACAAGAAAAGCACCUGGAACGGUAGAAUAACAUACACGCGCGCGCGCACGCACACACACACACACACACACGCGCACGCACACACACACGCACACGCACGGGGGGAGUGAAAGCAGCGUCAUGUGACUUGUUUCACUUUGCGUUUGUGUGCAGGUGUUCAUUGACCAAAGCACACAUUUGCCAUAAAGGCUACCAUGGAGGAAUGUUCUUUUGUGUGUCUAACUAAAUGUGACUUUUACUUGAACUGAUUUAUCAAGAAUGGGCCUCAAUGGUACACUUACUGCUUAUCAGAUUGAUGUUCUCUCAACUGUAUAUUUGGUCUCAUUAGUUCCCAGCGUGGUUGGCAGCUGUUCUGUGCUGGUGGUUUCCAUGGUCAGAUGGAGGCAUCUGAAAGAACAGGUGCACCUUUUAGUUCAGCUGUCCCUGGCAGACCUUGCAGCUGCUCUGAUCCUGAUGUUCACCAGUGCCAUCAACAAAGUCGGUGCCAACAACAGUGUAACCAUUUGCCUAUACAGCUUGCCUCUGUCACUGACAUUUUACCUGAUCUCAUUCCUGCUGGUGGCAGUGUACGCAUGGAAGUCCCAAAACUCCAUCAAAGGUUGGCGAGCAACAGCCACUGAGGAUGAGGGGAAGCAGAGUGGCUUCAGAAGUAGACUGUUAUCUUUACCAGUCUACAUGUUUGUUUGGUUGAUCCCCGGUGCUGUUUACUUGGCGUACGUGCUAACACCUUUCAUCCGAGCCACUCCUUUGAUUCCUGACCCCCGAAGCACCAGCAUCCAGGACAAUGCUAAAUACUGCACCAGUUGUAUUUUGUUCAUGCACAUCUGGAUAGAUUCCUGCUCAGAUGUUGAGAUAAUCCAUGAUACUUUUAUGCGAGUCUUUAUCUUCCUGGUGGUGAUCCCUGUGAUGCUGUCAUGCUCUGUUAUUUACCAUAAGGUGGGAAAGUGGCACGAAGAGCACCAGCAGGCGGCCCUUUUCCCAGUGGAAGGUGACGGACUCUCUGGCAGGAGAUUGAAAAGUUCCUUCACCACAGCCAGGAACAUGGUCAUGGUCAUCUUGUUCUGUUGGGCACCAGCCCUCCUUGUCAUAUUGUUGUCAACGUUGGUGCUGUGGGCAGAUGUUGAGCAGCAGAGCCUGUUUGUCGCCUACACAAUACAGGCCGCCAGUGUCUCCUUACAAGGCUUCUUCAACAGUUUGGUGUACGCAUGGGGACGCCCCAACUUUACUCAGGCCGUCAUAGGGGAGAGCACACCCCUGGUGACGUACAGACACAUGGCCUUCUUCGACGAGUCGCUAAAUUGCGACAUCAGGCAUGACAACAAAACAUUCUUCAGCUAAAAUGCAACUCUGGCUGGACGCAAUUGAAGAACAGAUGGAGGAUGAACAAAGACUGAUGCCAUGUUGUCGCAUUGAAACUGCUGAGAUACGUUACAGCGGGAUCAAAAUCGUAUUUAUACUUAUGCUUACUUAAAUGACAUAAAAAGGUCACAGUCGUACCUCCCUGUCGUACGUUGGAACCACCCUCGCCUUUUGUUUUGUGAGACCUAACCCAAAGUGUGAGAACUUUACAUAAACCGGUUCCCAUUAUGUAGUCUGGCAUGAAUUGUUUUGUUUGCCUGCCUGACAACAAAAACUAUGAUUAAUCAAUGAACAUUUAUUAUUAAUGAAGAGGGAGAAAGAGAAUGAGAAAGAGUGUCAGGAAUUGUUGUAUUGUUGUAUUGUUUUAUGUUUACCUGGCGCUUGACACAUUAUCAUUUGUUCGAAGAGAAUAUGGUGCAGGAGUGCGAAGUAUGCCCCCGUCACCCAAAAAAAAACACAUGUUCAAAACCAAGUCAACAUGAUAUUUAAAUCAAACCUUCCCGCCCGCAGCAGGCUCUGAAUAAAGAUAGUACACUCAGCCCUUUUUAUAGAAGUGGAACAAUUUUAAGAAGCGGUCUUCUGGAUAACGAAGCUGCAAUCAAUGCAGACUAGGCAACUUAAAUGACAUGAAUAAAAUAUAAAUGCAUACAUACAUACAUAGUAGAUAAAUAAGUCUUCUAAAUAA